CACUGAGACAUCCUCUGACCGUAUGCCUUGAAGUGUGCAUGCGAACAGAAAGAAGAAGAUGGGGUCUAUUUUAUGCUGCGGGGACACCGCUGAGUUGUGAUGCACGAACUGAGGGGGAAGCAGCCACCUGGCUUGUUGUUGACACAGAUUUGAUGACUGACUUCACCUCAACACCCUGUUGGAAUAUUACAUGAGACGACCGAGACUCUCCUCCUGAUGCGGUGACUUUCACUCCGAGCCGCGUCAUAAGAUGCCAGCGGUGUUGCGGUGAAGAGCGCCGCAGCUGGGAUGCGCACUGAUUCAAACAAAUGCAGGACUGAAAACAAAGUGAGUCCCACACAACACUUUGGCGAGGUUACGGGUCUGUGAACGUGGGCUAAAAUCUCCUGUUUGUAGCCAAAGGUAUGGAGGCAUGAAUGACAUGUGUUGGCCCCUCCUCUCCUGCUGCUGUGCUGCGCUGCUGAGUUGAAGCGCAACAGCCCGGAGAGCGCAGCAGCGACUUCACCGCUGCAACUUUGAUGACAGGGUUUUUUGGGAGCCGUCGAUGAGCGCGUUUGAAGUCCCUUGCUGGUGAAGACAAGGGAGUCGAGUCUCGACCUGCGGUUCCCCCUCUGCCAGUCGGAUCAAAAUGAAAUUCCUGUUUUGUGUGAUAGCAGUCACCUUGGCUGUGAGAUCUACGCACGGAGGCACCGAGACCGACGAGCCGUGUGGGGGCCUGGACUGCAGCGGAGGAUGCAGGUGCAACCCAGAGAAAGGCAGCAGGGGUCGUCCUGGGCCUCUCGGAGAGGUUGGUCAGAGCGGACCAGAGGGGACACGCGGGGCCCCGGGGCCUUCAGGGCCUAAAGGAGAGAAAGGCCACAUUGGACUGAAAGGACCAUCUGGCCCCAAAGGAGACAAGGGACCUAUGGGAGUGCCAGGGUUCCAAGGAAACGAUGGAGUACCUGGUCACCCUGGUCUGGAGGGCAGCAGAGGACCACCAGGACUGGACGGUUGUAACGGGACUAGAGGAGAACCUGGUGAACCUGGCUAUGGGACAGGUGCUCCUGGAUUCCCUGGAUCUGCUGGACCUACUGGGCCAAAGGGUCAGAAGGGAGAACCCCGAUACAUCUCUGAUGAUGGCAUCACGGGCUAUCCGGGUGCACCAGGAGCAGCCGGGCAGCCUGGUAUCACAGGUCCUCAAGGUCCACCUGGUUUUGCUGGCCCAAGAGGCCCUGAGGGAUUCUCUGGCCCGCCUGGUCCUCCCGGGCCCCCGGGGCCAAUGGGGAGCCGCAGUGACGGAUAUCAAGGAGAGAAAGGAGACAAGGGCGACGUGGGCUUGCCCGGCGACCCCGGCCAGCCAAUGAUCAAUGGCGUUGUGGAGUUUGUGGGUUUUCCCAAAGGAGACAAAGGAAUGCAGGGUGAACCUGGCCCAAAAGGAUCCAGAGGAUUCCCCGGCAGUUCUGGUCGACCUGGACCUUUCGGCUAUCCUGGCGAAUAUGGAGAGAAGGGCAUUCCUGGAUAUCCCGGGGGAAGGGGAGCUCCUGGUUUCAAUGGGCCUAUUGGAGCUCCGGGACAAAGGGGAUACAGUGGCAAUCCAGGUUUCCCCGGUCAACCAGGAUACAUAGGAGUCAAGGGAGACCAGGGAGAACCUGGACUACCAGGACCUCCAGCUUACAUUGGUGAACUGGGCACUUCUGUUAGAGGACCAGGAGGUGACCCAGGUCUCGGUGGACUACCCGGUGCCCCUGGUGACUUGGGAGCUCCAGGAUUCCCAGGACCACCAGGCCCACCGGGAACUGGUGGUUAUGGUACAGGUCGUGGAUUUCCAGGUUUUCCUGGGACUGUGGGCCCGAAGGGAGAGAAGGGUAAUCCAGGCAUACCAGGCUAUGGCUUUGAAGGAGGCCCUGGCUCCCCCGGACUCCCUGGACCCCCUGGCCCUCCUGGACCUCAGGGCCCUUCUAGCUUUGUCGAAGGUCCCUGCGUCAUCCAUCCUGAGUGGUCCGGUCCCAAAGGUUCUGGUUCAACUUUCCCCACUAGUAUACCUGGACCACCUGGGUCGCCUGGGCCCCGAGGAGCACCGGGUAAUACAGGAUACAAAGGCUUCAGAGGUGAUCCUGGUGACUGUGCCUGUCUGGGAGGAGGGUCCCCAGGGUUGCCCGGGUUACCUGGAUCCCCAGGAAUCAACGGCAGCCCUGGCUUCAGUGGACCAAAGGGUGAGCCUGGUGACGGCGGUUCACCUGGCUUUAGUGGUGUUCAGGGACCUCCUGGCCGUGCAGGUGACAGGGGCUUCUUCGGUCGUAAGGGAGAGAAGGGGGCGUCUUACUACCCCAAUCUGGGUUUGGGUGUGAAAGGAGAGCUCGGAAGUUCUGGACCCAGAGGACCUACAGGUGAAACAGGAAAACCUGGCAGAGAUGGACUGCCUGGCUUCCCCGGACCCCCAGGACCCCCAGGUGACGCUGGUUACGGCACAUUUGGAGAGAAAGGUUUCCCAGGGUUCCCAGGGGCUAAAGGUCGUCCCGGCAGCCCUGGUGAGCCCGGUGCUGGUUAUAGCGGAGCGCCUGGCUUUCGUGGAGAGCCCGGAGACCCUGGUAUACCUGGGCUGCCAGGACAACCAGGUUUACCGGGACCGAGAGGUGAAAACAGCUGUGGAGGGGUUAUUGACGCCGGAGAGGGAACGGGCCAAGUGCUGCCUUGUACCAUACCCGGUGAGGCUGGAGACCCCGGUGUCCCCGGUGUACCUGGACGACCAGGUCCUAAAGGUCAGUCAGGUUUCCCAGGAGGCUCUGGACGUCCAGGGUUUGAUGGCGCCAAAGGAGAGAGAGGAGAACCCGGUUUUGGAGGCCAGCCUGGACCACAAGGAUUCACUGGACCCAGAGGGGACCCUGGAGCUCCAGGUAUUCCAGGGCAGAGUUUUGACGGAGGCAGGGGCAAGGACGGUGUUCCAGGGCGUCCUGGAGCCAAGGGCCAGCCUGGAGAGGUCCUGGGAGCCACACCUGGAGCUCCAGGACGAGACGGUUUACCAGGACUCCCUGGUGACAAGGGUCAGCCUGGGACACCUGGAGGACCUGGACUGCCUGGUGGCGACGGACGUUACGGUUUUCCUGGACUGAAGGGAGAGCGCGGAGUCGACGGUUUUCCUGGUAUUCCCGGCCCUCCUGGACCUCCAGGCGAGCCCACAGGUGGCAUCCCCGGUCGCCCUGGAGCUCCCGGCAACCAGGGACUCAGCGGGUCUCCAGGCUGCCAAGGAUUCCCUGGUCGCAAGGGAGAAAGAGGAGACCCAGGCUUCCCCGGGCCCGCUGGAAUGAAGGGAACCCCAGGACUGCCCGGCACCCCUGGAUCACCAGGGCCAAGGGGACCUCCGGGACCUCCAGGACCAGGAACUAUAGAGGGAAUCCCAGGAGUACCAGGAAGGAAGGGUGAGAGGGGUUUCCCAGGACUGGUGGGCUUCCCUGGGCUGCCAGGGCGUCCUGGAAACCCAGGGUUUCCUGGAGGGAAAGGAGCGGCUGGAGGGCCAGGAAGAAACGGAGUCCCCAGCGGUCCCGGAUACCCCGGACAGAAAGGUGAAAGAGGGUAUCCCGGUCCCCCCGGCUUGCCCUCUCCUCCUUUCCCAUCAGAGUUUGUAGAGAAGGGAGAACCUGGAACUCCAGGAGGCAGCGGCCUUCCUGGCUUCCCCGGACCCAGAGGUGACAAGGGUCUGCCAGGUCAGCCCGGUCGUCAGGGUCUGCCCGGACUUCCUGGUUUCGCUGAGCAGAGUAAAGGACAGCCGGGACAGCCUGGCUUCCCCGGGCGACCGGGAUCUCCAGGCUUCCCUGGACCAAAGGGAGAGGCUGGAAUCAUGGGAUUCCCUGGCACAUCUGGAGGAAGGGGUGACGAUGGCGCACCUGGUUUACCUGGCAACCCUGGUGAAUAUGGUCGCCCUGGUGCCAAAGGUCAACCUGGAGACACAUUUGGUUAUCCUGGAGCUCCAGGAGCUAAAGGCCAACCAGGAGAUUCUGGCUUCCCAGGUGGCCGUGGUAACAACGGAGCCCCCGGUGACAACGGCUUUCCAGGAGGCUCAGGUUUCCCGGGGCCGAAGGGAUCGCCUGGCGAAGGAGGACGGCCUGGGAUAAUGGGCUCCCCCGGUUUCCCCGGGCCAAAGGGCCAGGUCGGCUUCCCGGGAAGAAGAGGACCAGAUGGGGCUCCUGGCCUGCCUGGAGGUCCUGGAGGUCCUGGAGCCAAAGGUUUGCCCGGAUCUCCUGGUUUGGACGGACUUAAUGGCCUUGGUGGACCUAAAGGUCUCCCAGGAACCCCAGGUGCGAGCGGAGGAGGUCGCCCAGGUGCCCCUGGUAUUCCAGGGCUGAAGGGAGAGAGAGGCUUCGCCUACCCUGGACCUCCAGGCUCCAACGGCGUAAAGGGAGAGAGAGGAAACUCAGGUGGUCCUGGACUCCCAGGGUUCCCUGGUCGGCCUGGACCUCCUGGUGAGACUGUGGGGUCGGAUGUUCCUGGACCUCUGGGAGACCCUGGCCUUCCCGGUCUGGAUGGAGAGUAUGGUUUCCAAGGUCCUCCUGGUCCUCCUGGGCCACCCGGUCCAGGCACAUCGCAGGGAGACAGAGGCGACUCUGGGCUUCCAGGCUUCCCCGGCUCCCCCGGCAGGAAAGGAGAACCUGGGGGCUCCGGAGGCUCUGGAAUCCCCGGCAGCCCCGGUUUCAAAGGAAAUCGUGGUGAGACUGGCUUCAGCGGAGGUCCUGGUCUCAAGGGGUUCCCUGGCGACCCUGGUUACUAUGGAAUCAAAGGAGCAAAGGGAUUUCGCGGGCCUCCUGGUCGCAAGGGUUUCCCUGGAAUCACGAUGCCUUUGCCACCGCAAGACUUCCAGCGGCCUUUCGGAGACACGGGCUUUCCCGGUGAAAGUGGAAGGUCCGGCAGCUCCGGAGAGCCCGGUCAGCCUGGAAUUCCCGGACGCACAGGUCCGAAGGGUCGUCCCGGCUCUUUGGGCAAACUUGGCCGGACUGGAUCUGCUGGUCUGCCCGGAGCCAUCGGUGACCCUGGACCCCCUGGUUUCCCUGGACCCACCGGAGAGCAAGGUCUCCCUGGUAACGUCGGUCGUCCCGGCUCUCCCGGCAGCGUUGGCCGCAGUUACAGCAUCGGCUACACUCUGGUGAAGCACAGCCAGGACUCCCAGGUCCCCAUGUGUCCUCAGGGCAUGGCCAAGCUGUGGGACGGAUACAGUCUGCUGUACGUGGAGGGACAGGAGAAGGCACACAACCAGGACCUCGGUCAGCCAGGGUCGUGCCUCCCGAGGUUCAGCACCAUCCCGUUCCUCUACUGCUCCCCCAAUGAGGUCUGCUACUACGCCAGCCGCAACGACAAAUCCUACUGGCUCUCCACGACUGCAUCCAUACCCAUGAUGCCUGUGGCCGAGUCACAGAUACAACCUUACAUCAGCAGGUGUUCCGUGUGUGAGGCCCCGUCUCAGGCCGUGGCGGUCCACAGCCAGGACCUGACCAUCCCCACCUGUCCCCCCGGCUGGAGGAGUCUCUGGAUAGGCUACUCCUUCCUCAUGCACACGGCGGCCGGCGCCGAGGGCGGCGGUCAGUCCCUGGUGUCUCCCGGCUCCUGCCUGGAGGAUUUCCGCGCGACGCCGUUCAUCGAGUGCAACGGAGCCAAGGGCACCUGCCACUACUUCGCCAAUAAGUACAGCUUCUGGCUGACCACCGUGGAUCCCAGCCAGGAGUUUGUCUAUUCGCCGGCGCAGGAGACCCUGAAGGGAGGCCAGGAGCGCUCCAAAGUCAGCCGCUGCCAAGUCUGCAGCAAGUUCUUGUAGUAGGAGGAGGUGAAUGGAGGGAGGGGGUGAUAUGUUAACGCCUCAAAGGAUGGAGGAUGGGAUGAUUUAUAAAGAAAUCCAUAAAAACGAGAACACGUGACUGACAAUGAGCUCCUCUCCUGCUUCACUGGUGCUUUCAGAAUCGAGCCGAACAACUUCGGCCCCCGUUUUUAGAGUUUUUGAUCUGCUUUAGGAAUGAACGGCUUGUUAAUAAAGAGUUGGAGGGAGGAGGGUGGGAGGAGAAGGGCCGCGGUGUGAUUGCUCUUCUCUAGGUUAUCACUGACAAUGGUGCUAUUGUUUAUGUACUCUGUGUCUAUUUUGUGUGUGUUUUCUCGUUACGGUUUUGGCGAGAAUCGUUCUCGGCUACCUCGCAGAGCGCCACCCGCUUUGGAUAGCACUGCGCCGCUUACACGCCAGGGCUGGACGUCCGCUUCAGGCGAGUCGGCUCACAGCAGUAAAGUCAAACUUUUUUUAGGUUUAGAGAUCGGCUGAGUCUUUUCUGAACUAACGCAACCGAAGUCCAAGAUUCUGGUUCAAAUACACGUUUUUAGUGAGGAGAAAGAAAACAAAGCAGCAAAACACACAACCUGCUCGGUCGGUGCUUCCCGUUUUAAAUCUGACUCUGAACCAGCAGCAGCGUCUUUAAGGCAGAAAAGAAGCACAUUUUACAUAUCACAAUAAUAAAAUAAAUAGAUAGAACACAACAAAAUGACAACUAAAGGUUCAUUUGAAUGAAUUUUUAUCAAUUCAAACAAGCUACGUUUCUCUACAGGUUGAUUAUCAUACACCAGUGACGACGUGAUGAUGAGUGUGAAGGUUCAAUCUCGACCCCGGAAGUAAAAGUUUAACAAAAUAAGAGUUUUUGUGAUGGAUUUUAUGGGCAAAGUCCGCCUGCUUGUGAAGCUACAAGAUAAUCUAACCAUAAUAAUUUGUAGUUGCAGAUUUCCCAGCGCAGUCCUUUAACUUUAGCUUCAGCAUGUUUAACGUUUCAUAAGCCUGUGACGACUCUAUGGUGCUACGAUUAAAAAAAUAAGACUCACCGGCACUUUUCCCCCGAAAGCAGCCCCCCCACCCCCCUCUGGUUACCUGCAGUAAACAUUCAUUUAUAUUGCACUGAUGUGAACUCGUGUGGGUUAGAACAACACUCUCCACCUUCAGCAAACCACACACACACACACACACACUCUGAUGGAUUUAUAGAUUAAUUAUUGCUGUACAUAGAGCUUAACUGUAUUUCCCAGCAAAGUAUGUCAGAGCAAAGGUCUGCUGUGCUGUUCGCUCUUUUAGUUUCUUUUAUUUUCCGGUCUGCGUGUCUUUCUCUCUGUCCUUGGAUAAGAAGGAGGAAGAGCUUUUUUUGGCCUCUAAAUGUCGACUUUGCGGCCGUAUUUAUGACUGACUGCCACAUGCGAUUAGAAUUUUUCAGACGAGGCUGCUCUCCUCUUCAACGUUAUCCCCGGACAGUGAAAGCUACUGGGUGACCUGUAACCACUAUGACCCCUGUGUGGAGCACCAGGCUCCGCCUCUCUGCUGGUAGCCCUGAUUUUAUCACUUUGUCGCAUUUUAGAUUUAUUUUUCUCUCUCCCUUUUUUUUGCCAGCCUUUGUUGCUUUGUAAUCUAGAUUGUAAUUAUUUUACGUAAGUCAUGAUACUACUCCUGGUUUUAUUUACUGCGAUGGGAGGGAAUGGGAAGAUGAUGACGUGUACAUUAAAUAUUAUGGAGGAAAGGAAAAAAAAUAGGUUUAUGUUUUUAUAUGGAAACUAUAUUUGCCACUGAUGAUCUGACAGACGCAAGCCGCUGUUUUUACCGUCUGUGUGGGCUUUUUAACACAUUUUCCAAACCGAGGAUGUUUCAUGGAGCGACAUUCUGCAAGUGCCUGGAGUGACCGAAAAGAAAUGCAGUUUUUCCUCAAAGAGGAUCCAUAACAAAGAAAUGGUGAUAACGUGUCUGUCGCCGUCAUGUGUAUUUCUGUGCUCACACACUUUGAAAUAAAGUCUGUAAACUAA